GGUCAGAGGGAUAUAUCUAUGUUUGUUUGCUUAGCACAUAGAAAACUGGAUCUAUCCAAACCAGCCCCUCCCAAAAGAUUAUUAAAAUGAAGUUUUGACAAACAAACUGGGUGUAAACUUGGAUCAACUUGGAGAGCAAGGCAAUAUUGCAGCCAGCAGCGGAAAUAAAUAAGCGCGGCAUGGCAUGUGUUCUACUUUUUUUUUUUUUGCCAUUCCAAGUCCAAACCCAUUUCUCAUUAUUUUCUUAGAACUUAGCUAACCUUUUUUUCUUAGCCAUGCCCAUUUCUAGGUUUAUGCUCUUUUCAUCAUCCAAGCAUCGCUCCACCAGGGAAGCUCUUGGUUUUCUUCGAAGGUCUGUUCCCUCUAAGUCAACUCAAUCUGUUAGCUAUACAAACUCUACAAGACACAGUAACAAAAAGCAUGAUGUUCAUCCUGUAUUACCUGCAGAAUCGCACUCUCACUCCCAGGUUUCUCGCUCUGGGGGAACUUAUGCUGUUACAGCUGCUGUUCUAGGAUUUGCUGGGAUUGCAGCUUUUUUUCAUUAUAAUGAUGAGAGAAGAGCUGUUCCAAAAGGUCAUCUGGGUAAUGACUGCAGUAGAAAUGUUGUCAAUGGACCCAUAAUUGGGGGUCCCUUUACACUAAUUAAUUCUGAUAAACAAACAGUUACAGAAUGUAAUUUUCUUGGAAAUUGGGUCCUCCUCUACUUUGGCUAUACCUCAUCCCCUGAUCUUGGGCCUGAGCAAGUCCAAAUUAUGGCCAAGGCAAUUGAUACAUUAGAAUCAAAACAGAAACUUAAGAUUCUACCCGUGUUUGUUACCAUUGAUCCUCAGCGUGAUACUCCCUCACAACUUCGUGCAUACCUUCAAGAGUUUGACUCAAGAAUCAUAGGAUUAACUGGACCUGUUGCAGCUAUUAGACAGAUGGCACAAGAGUACCGUGUUUAUUUUAAAAAAGUAGAAGAGGAUGGUAGUGAUUAUCUUGUUGACUGUUCCCAUAACAUGUAUUUGUUGAACCCUAAAAUGGAGGUUGUGAGAUGCUUUGGAACCGAGUAUAAUGCGGAGGAGUUAUCAGAAGCAAUAUGGAAAGAGCUGAACAGAAACGCCUCUUGAUGCUUUAGAUUGCAGAAUGCAGCCCCACAUUACUAUUUAUCUAUACUCAAUAUUUUUUUUUUUUCUGGUGGGGUCACAUAAUCAUUUAUGUAUGACGAAGUAACUUUGGCGUUGGAGGAUUGAUUUGAGCUUUGCUUUAUUAUCAAUUAGAGUAGCAUGCGGAAAAAUGUAUUUGCAAUCUGAGCUUCAUUUGAGGUUUCCUGGAUAAUUUUCUUUGUUGGGUACCAUUUUGGAUAAAAAAUUU